CUUGACAUCUUUUCUUUAAAAAAAAUCUGUUCACAAAUACAUAUAUUUUUGAAUAAAUCUAAUAAUUGUUGUAUAAUAUAUAAACGAAUAUUAAAGAAGAAUAUAUUUUAUAAUAAAUACCCCGAAAUGGAAGAGACAAAAGCUGAAGUUAAGACGGAUUAUUUUAAUCCCAUACGCAUGAAUACCUUAGGUAUUCCACAAGAACAUGACCUCUUGAUAGCAUAUGACGUUUAUCGGCCAUCAUUGGAGACGCGCGCCUUGAAAUCUGAACAGGGCCGCACCAUGUACGCUGAAAUAUUCAUUGAAAAUCCUAAGUUGGGUCCAUUGAGGGAUUUAUGUACAAGCACCUUAUCACAAGCGUAUACGCCGAAACAAUUGCCAUUAAUAGCCGAGGAUCCGUUGAAAUUACGUCUAUACUAUGACUCGCUACGUUUGGAUCUGCCACUGGAGGAAUGCUAUGACAUUACCGACCAGAAGUACUGGCGUCGUUUUGUAUUGUCUAAAAAUGAGAAUAUUACAUUGACUUUUAAAAAAGAGUACAACUGGCGUAGUCUUGGAUUAUCUAUGAAAUUUGUUGAAUUGGUGGAAGCGUGCCCGGCCGAGUAUUGGCCUUUGGAUGAAAUGCAACCAAUAGCUGUGAAAAUAAAGGACUUUGUCGAAGAAAUGCAUAUACGUAGAUUACAAUCGAUGUCGGAAAGAUUUUUUAAAGAGCACAUACAUUUAGAUGAUUCUGAAGAGUCUGAAAGCGAUUCCACGGAUGUAGAAUCAAUGACGGUGACACCACGUUCUGCCGUGUUCACGUUGGAUGAAGAGUUGGGGUCCGAGGAGGAGGAAGUAAAAUCGACACGUAGCAAAAAUAAACACAUUUUAGCAGCUAGGGAAACGAGUACCCUAGAAGAAAUGUCAGAGGUAUACAAAACGGAAGAAGAACUGGAAUGGGAACGUAUGUAUGGGGAAAUCAUGGCAGAACGUAAAGAACGAACGCGUGUAUUGAGAGAGGAGCAACAAAAACGACGCGCAGAGCGACAGGAACGACAACGCGUCCGAGAAUUGCAAAAGAUAAUAACGCCACCGCCAGUUGAGGAGCCUGUAGUUGGUAAAAAGAAGAAGAAGAAGUUCAGAGCUAAAGGAGUAUUCGAUAUGGUGGUUGAACCACCUGAAGAGGAUGAAGAGUAUUUGGUAGUGGAUCGGCGAAAUUUAGAACGUCAAUUGAAAACUAUAAAGAAGCUUGUUUACCCGACCAGGCUAUGCCAUCAUGUUAGCUUGCGUUUUCUGCGCUUUUUCGACAACCUAGUCAAUUUCACCAUAGAGUUUCGCGGUCCAGAUAUGAAGCGUGAUUUUCACGAAAGACACCUGAAGUUCUCCUACGCCGAUAUAGAAGGUUUGGCUUAUGGCAUCUCAUUCCUGCAAAAAUUGAAGAUAUUCCGUCUGCGCUGCAGCUAUAUGGAUGCUCGAAAGUUAUAUAUACUCGCAAAGUCACUGAAAUGCUUGCAAAGUAUAGAAACCAUUGAUUUCGGUUACGAUUGCUUGGAUGACGAUUGCGGUUUGGGUUUGUUUGAGUUGUUCCGGCAUACGAAUUCUAUAAAGUCGCUCGAACUUGAGCACAAUUUGAUUGGUGCGCAUGCUUUACACUUUUUGGCCAUCGGCCUUAGUCAGUAUGGUGGCCAAUUGGAAUAUCUCGGACUUGGUGGCAAUCCGCUGGGUGAUUGGGGCCUGCAUGAACUCAGCAGAAAAGUUUUCGGCACGCAAAACAUCACACAUUUAAAUGUGCGAACCUCACAAAUGACCCAAUCGGCAAUCAUUUGUUGCAUUGCAAAUGAAUUUUUGAAGCAUUUGCCGCUUCGCUCGUUGGAUCUACGCGCAGUGCCCAUUAGUCAACAAGCUGGUAUAGAAAUCUUGAAGGUUUUGCAAUUUAAUACAACCAUAAUGAAUUUGGAUGCACGUGAUUGCCAAUUGGAUGCAGAUCUUGAAAUCGAUAUAGAUAUAAUUUUGAAACGAAAUCAGUAUAUUGCCGAAAAUCCGUAUUUAAAUGACUACACAAAGACCACGGAAGAGAUCAAUGAAUAUGUAAACCGCAUUAAAAAUCCGAUUUUACUACGCGCAAUAGAUGCUGUGGAAAAACGCGCUGAAUGCUUGAAGAAUCGUCCACCAGAAUUCUUGCCAGAUGCCGAAGAAAACUAUGAGGAACAAUCGGAGAGUACAACACAACGAAAUAUCGAAUCAAUAUCUAAGUCGAUUUCUAACGUCGAUGCAGUUUCGUUGUCACCAUCAUCGUCUGUCGACGGUGAUUUGCAAAAUACCCCCUUCGUUUAUGAUCCAAAUAGUUUUACCGAAGAAGAGUUCCUGGAACAUGUAUAUCUACCUGGUCCGGGGGAACGUUAUUAUUUCUUCACGGAGUUCCAAAAGCUGCGUUUGAGUCAAAUAUCUUAAGCAACUUUAAUGCUUGACGACGAAAGGCAAAAUACGAACCGAGUAUCUAAUCCAGAAAAUGAGCAAUAAAUAAACAACGUCAAGAAAACAUGAAAAGAGCAGUUGAAAGUCAAUUGAAAAAAGGAAAAUGUUCAAAAUAUUAACAAAAUAUGAAAAGUCACAAAGAUAUUUUCUUCAAUUAAUUGCAUUUUCAGAAUAUUAUAACGUUUUCAAAAUUAAAUAAACUCAACGUUUUCUGCUUUCCACAAAAAAAUUAACGCGUAUCUUAUUUAGUGUGCAUUUUUGCCAUUGUGUGUGUGUGUGCGUGCAUGUGCCGGGCAAAGCCGUGCGGAUAUUUUCGUGAUAUAUAUUUUUUAGUUUAUUUACAUUUAGUGGCGGCUAUUAAAAACUUUUCAAAGCAUUAUGCCAAAUAAACAGCAACAACAACUGCAGCAACGCCUUACUGGCGGUGGUGCAGGUGGUGACCGAAAGAAAGGUUCGAAAAUUAAGAUCAAAUCAGUUUCAAAAUCGAACAUCAAAGAUGGCGGCGGUGAUGCAGAUGAUUUUGAUGCUUGGAUUAAGUCGCGUCAAUUACUCAAGCCCGAUGAUCAAUUGGAAUUAACUGAAGCUGAGUUGGCCGAGGAGGUAACUAGGGUGUUGACCACAACAAAUACAAAUGUCAUACACAAUUUGGUUGUGUACAGCUUCAAGGAUAGCGCCUUCGUUCAGGUGCCGAUUGCUGGAAACACUGUAACACUUAUGCAAAUGGAGGGCAGUGCCUUGCAUAUAGAUUCGGAUGAAGCGAAAAUACAAAUGGAGGAGAUGGGCGAAAUCGGAUACCCACUACCCACAAUCACUGGCUCCUUCAUAGAGGCCGAAGUUGAAGAUAGAAAACCUCGUGUACCAAAGGUGGAGGAAGAGGAAGAAGAGGGUGAAGAGAAGGUAGCAAAGCAAGCUAAAGAAGCGGAUGAAGAAAUGGCUGAGGAAGAGCUAGAGGGCGAAGAGGAAGAGGCAGUUGAGGAAGGUGCUGCAGAUGCUGAAGCUGUAGCAGCUGAGGAAGGCGGAGAAGCUACAGGAGCGCCAACCGCAGCACCGGCCACGGGUGGACGAAAGCGCAAAUUGUUAAAUCAAUUUAAUUUCUGUGAACGUUCCGCUCUAACGUAUACCAAUCCAAGAAGAAGUGUUGAAACACAAACCAUACCUCCACCUCGUUCUCAAUAUGGCGCCAAUGUCUUGCAAUGGAAGAUUUACGAUAGCUAUGCAGAGGACUUCGAACAGCAGCAAAAGGAGAGGGAGAAGAAGGACGAUAAGCGGGGCGGACCGCGAAAAGAUGUCGGAGCGAAAAAAUUGGAUAAGGCAGCCGAAGCCGAGCUACUAAAUAAGAAGUAUCUCAAGGCGUGGCAGAUAUUGGAACGCAUGAUAAAUCAAAAUAUAUAUGAGGAGAUUGCCAACGACUAUCGCUACUGGGAAGAUCCGGCUGACGAAUACAGAGAGCAAGAGGGCACUUUGCUACCGCUUUGGAAAUUCAAUUAUGAUCGCAUACGAAAAUUAAGUGUCACAGAUUUGCAAUUCAAUCCGAUGUAUUACGAUUUGUUUGCUGUAUGCUAUGGUUCGCAUGAGUUCAUGAAGCAACCGAAUGAGGGCGCGAUUUGCUUUUUCACCGUGAAGAACCCCUCCUAUCCAGACUAUAUAAUAUCGACGGAGAGCGGCGUCAUGUGUUGCGAUAUCCAUCCGACUUAUCCCUUUUUGGUCGCAAUAGGCAUGUACGACGGCAGUGUGGCAGUUUAUAACUUAAGAGAGAACUAUGAGAAGCCGCUUUAUUUGUCGGUGGGUGUACACAAUAAACAUUCGGAAUGUGCGUGGGAGAUUAAAUGGGGUCCCGAUAUGGCGGACGGUGAGAUAAAUUUUUACUCCGUCUCGACCGAUGGUCGCGUCUUCAACUGGGUUCUCAUGCAGAAUGACUUCAUGAUCACUACAAUAACAACACUCUUUCUUACGAACGGCAUUGUUGAGGGACCCGACGGCACCGAAGUUCAGUUACGCAGUUGUGGUUCUUGCAUGAAAUUCCAUCCGACCAAUCCGGAAAUUUAUCUAGUCGGCACCGAAGAGGGUCUAAUCUACAAAUGCAGCAUAGCGUAUAGUUCGAAAUAUUUAAUGACCUACAAUGCACAUCAUCUCACAGUCUAUCGCAUCGAUUUCAAUCGCUACAAUUCAAAUAUAUUCAUUUCGUGCAGUGGCGAUUGGCGCGUCAAAGUGUGGGAGGAUAUGCGUCCGGAACCGCUGUUCAUUUUCGAUCUCGGCUCCUCUGUGGGCGAUGUCAAAUGGGCGCCCUUCUCGAGCACAGUCUUUGCCGCCUGCACCAACGAGGGCAAGGUGUUCGUUUUCGAUUUGAAUGUGAAUAAGUAUAAGCCGAUUUGUGUGCAAGCGGUCGUACCAAAACGCAAGAACAAACUAACGCGUUUAGUAUUCAAUGAGAAUCUGCCCUUCCUAAUUGUCGGUGACGAUAAGAGCACAGUGACUUCGUUAAAGCUAUCGCCUAAUUUGCGGUUGAUGGUGAAACCGCCCAAGAAGCAACAGUAUCUCGAUCAAAAUACGCUACAGGUGCAAAAGUUGGACAAACUGCUCUCGCUGGUGCGUGAAUUGCCAAACGAUAUGAUAGUGCCCGAUGCACCUACCACGACAAAGAGCUAGAAGUCGCCGCAACGGUAUUGAGGCUUCUUAUAUAACUAGAAUUUAUUUUUGUAAUCUAUAAAAAAUAUUGCUUUUUAAAUUUGUUGCCGGACGGUGCUUUGUUUCCCUAAAACAUUUGUAAAUAACUUUAUAUAAAAACAUUUAUUAUAAUCUGCGACGAAAAUAAAUGAGAAAUGCCGUUAUUUUAGUAAUCAAAUAUUUUAUUUGUAAUGAAAUAGUCUGUG